AUGUUACUAUUAUUUAUUAUUAUAAUAAUUAAUCGAUUGUUAUCAUCAUCGGAUGCGGCAGUAUUAUUUUUCCAUAGAAAAUUAGAGCAAAAAGCACGAUUUCAGUCUCAUCAUCACGAGAACAAUGCACCAUCAAUGUCAGGAACUGUUGGGACACAUUUUCAAUGCGAUUCAAAAAUAAGUCAAUUUCUAGGUGUUGGUUUUGGUUGUUAUUGUCCAGGUGCAUGGUGUGAAAAUAAUAACCAAUGUUGUUCACAAAUGUGCUAUAAAAAAACUUGUUACUGA